AUGAACGUCCAAGUCCAGGUCUCAAAGAUCGGAGAAAAGGAAAAGAGCCCUCUUCAGAGAGUCACUCUGGUUGCAACCAAGGACUUUAAAGCAGGGGAUACUAUUUUCACGGAAAAGCCAAUGGUGACUGCGCUAGACGCAGACUUGAUGGGUACAAGCCAAUACUGCUCGUAUUGUUUGAAAGCUAUCCCCAAUGGCUCGGCCAUACAAGUACCAUUGGAUCCCUUCCACUCGGCAUAUUGCUCGACUCAAUGUCAACAUGAUGCCGAAGAGCAAUACCAAACUCUGCUCUUUAGCACCAUUCCUCCAGCGACACCCUCAAACCCAGCACCCGUUCGUACAAAGGCUCAAGUCGAAGAACGCAAAAAGGCGCAAGAGCAAUUCGUCGAGACGGUCAAGGAGAGCGGAAAGACGGGUGCCUUGCUCGUACUCCGCUUUGUUGGACGUUUGAUUGCCGACGAGCAUGCGAGGCUUGUGGGUGAGAAUAAAACUGAUGAUGGCUUGCCAAAGGUCGAGGAAGAGAGCAAACUAAACUAUUCGUUUUACGACUACACCGAGCGCUUGCGGUCUCUUGUCCUCACAUCGGGUCCACAAGACGAAAAAGAACUUGCUCAAAGUAGAGAAGUUUUGCGGUUGGCUGUGGAUGGCAUGGAAGCGUUUUUGGAUGACGAGCGUUUCAUGUUGCUGAAAGGCAAAAUGGCGUACAACUGCUAUGGUGUGACCUAUGAUACGGGUCGCACGAACAAGCCUUCGCCGCAUGGCCCCACGGAGUCGUUUGAGCGGACAAGGACGCCUCAUGGGACAAUGCACCAAGUUGGUAGUGCGCUCUAUCGCGUUGCAUCCUAUAUCAACCACUCGUGUGCCCCAUCGGCUCGUCCCGUAUUUGCAAGUGGAACAGCAGAGCUCUCUAUCGUCGCAGCACAGGACAUCAAAGCGGGAGAAGAAAUUACCGUGUCCUACGUUGAUACUAAAAAACGAUCCAAGGACAAGAACCUCGCCGACGCUCGCAAGCAUAGACGGCUCGAGCUCGCGCGUGGCUGGGGCUUUGCCUGUGAUUGUACUCGAUGCGCCGAAGAGGCGAGCAACAUGUCCAGCGAUGGGUCAGAGAAUGGCGAGGCGCUUCCGACGCACCAAGUCCGUCUGGAUCCAGCUGCCGAACGAUACUUCAACGAGGCCAAUGCAUAA